AUGAGUGAUACUACAGAUCAACCAAUUCUCACCGAAGAGGAGAGAAAGAAAGAAGAAAAGAAAAAGGCCAAGGAAGCCGAAAAGGAAGCUAAAAAGGCAAAGCUUGCUGAAAAGGAAGCAAAACUUAAAUUAGUAAAAGAAAAGGAAUUAGAGAAUAAGAAAAAGAAAGAAGCACAAGAAGCUGAACAGAGAGAAAAAGCAGAGUUGGAAGCAAAGAAUCUUAGAGAAUAUGCUGAACGUGCAUCGAAAACACCAAAAGGUGAAAAGAAACGUAAGUUAUUAAAUAUUGAUAUCAUCUUCUUUUGUUAUUUCUCAGAGUUAACUGGUGAAUUGUAUCCAUCUUAUCAUCCACCAGCAGUAGAAUCUGCAUGGUACGAUUGGUGGUUGCAAAACGAAUUCUUCUCACCGGAGAAACAGAUGGAGAUUCAACCACACUGUCAGAAGGACAAGAAGUUCACAAUGGUCAUUCCACCACCAAAUGUCACUGGAUCGUUGCAUCUUGGUCACGCUCUGACCAUGGCAAUUCAAGACUCGAUCACUCGUUAUCGUCGUAUGAAGGGUGAGGUCUGCCUGUGGAUUCCGGGAACCGAUCACGCCGGUAUCGCCACACAGGUCGUCGUCGAGAAGAAGUUGCAGCGUGAGCGUAACGUCAGUCGUCACGAUCUCGGUCGUGAGGGAUUCAUCAACGAGGUUUGGAACUGGAAGAACGAGUAUGGUUCGCGUAUUCAAGGACAGCUGCGUAUCAUUGGUUCGUCUCUCGAUUGGAGUCGUGAGGCAUUCACCAUGGACGAGAAGCGUUGCAAAGCGGUCAACACUGCUUUCAUUCGUAUGUUUGACGACGGAUUGAUCUUCAGAUCGACUCGUCUCGUCAACUGGUCGUGUGCAUUGAAGACCGCCAUCUCUGAUAUCGAAGUCGAUUUCAAGGACCUUGAGAAGCACACCAAGAUGUCGGUUCCAGGUCACAAGGGAACCUAUGACUUUGGUGUUUUGUUUGAGUUUGCCUACCAGGUUGAGGAUAGCGAUGAGCAGUUGGUCGUUGCCACCACUCGUAUCGAGACAAUGUUGGCCGAUACUGCUGUUGCCAUCCACUCACAGGAUCCACGUUACAAGCAUCUCCACGGUAAGUUUGUCAAGCAUCCAUUGGUCAAUCGUCGUUUGCCAAUUAUUUGCGACGACGUUCUCGUCGAUAUGGCUUUUGGAACUGGUGUUGUCAAGGUCACCCCAGCUCACGAUCACAACGAUUACGAGACUGGAUUGCGUCACAAGCUGCCAAUGAUCAAUCUCUUCACCGACGAGGGUCUCAUCAAUGAGAACGGUGGAGAGAAGUUCCAAGGAAUGAGAAGAUUCGACGCGAGAAACGCUGUUAUCGAGUCGUUGAAGGAGCUCGGAUUGUACAAGGGAAUGAAGGACAACAAGAUGCGUCUUGGUUUCUGUUCGAGAUCGAAAGACAUUGUUGAACCACUCAUUAAACCACAGUGGUAUGUCAAAUGCGACGGUAUGGCCGCCAAGGCAAUCGAAGCUGUCAAGUCGGGUGAGUUGAAGAUCAUCCCAUCCACUCACGAAGUUACUUGGUUCCGUUGGUUGGAGAACAUCAAGGAUUGGUGUAUCUCUCGUCAACUGUGGUGGGGACAUCGUAUUCCAGCUUACUUGGUCAGAGUCAGAGGUGUUGUUGAAGAUCCAUACUCCACUUCCCAAUGGGUUGUCGGUAACAACCAAGAGGAAGCAUUGGAGUCUGCCGCCGCCAAAUUCAAGGUUCCCAAAGAAGAUAUCCAAUUGGAGCAAGAUCACGACGUUCUCGACACCUGGUUCAGCUCCGGUUUGUUCCCAUUCUCCACAUUGGGAUGGCCAGAGCAAACCAAGGAUUUCGAGCAAUUCUUCCCAACCAGCUUGUUGGAGACCGGUUUGGACAUCUUGUUCUUCUGGGUCGCUCGUAUGGUCAUGAUGGGACAACAACUCACCGGUAAACUUCCAUUCAAUCAAAUCUUCCUCCAUGCAAUGGUUCGUGACUCUCACGGACGUAAGAUGUCCAAGAGUCUUGGAAACGUCAUCGAUCCACUCGACGUCAUUCGUGGUAUCACACUCAAGUCACUCCAAGACAAUUUGAAGGCUGGAAACUUGGAUCCAGUCGAAUACGAAAAGGCAUCGCUCGGUUUGAAGCAAGACUACCCAGAGGGUAUCUCAGAGUGCGGUACCGACGCUAUGCGUUUCGCACUUUGCGCGUACACCUCACAGGGUCGUGACAUCAACUUGGAUAUCUUGCGUGUUGUCGGAUACCGUCAUUUCUGUAACAAGAUUUGGAAUGCUACUCGUUUCGCCAUGAUGAAGCUCGGUGACUACAAGCCAAUCGAUUUCAACCCACAGGAGCUCGUCAAGGACACCAACGCCGUCAACCUCUGGAUUCUCAACGCCGCCAACCGCGCCAUCCAACAAUGCGAGGAAGGUUUCGCCGCCUACGACUUUGCUCAGGUCACCACCGCCAUCUACAACUUCUGGUUGCACGACCUCUGCGACUUUUACUUGGAGACCACCAAGCCAAUCUUUGCCGAGGGCGACAGCUCACCUGCCACCCAAAAGACCAAAGACACACUCUACACCUGUAUCGAUAUCGGUUUGAAGUUGUUGCAUCCAUUCAUGCCAUAUCUCUCCGAGGAGUUGUACCAAUCGAUCCCAAGACGUCCAUCCGACUCGAUCGCCACCAUCAUGUUGUGCAAGUAUCCAUCGACCGUCGCCGAGUGGAACAAUCCAUCGAUCGAAGAGGAAAUGACCAAGUGUCAAGAUAUUAUCCGUGCGAUCCGUUCGCUCCGUACCAAAUACAACGUCGCCAGCAAUAAGAAGGUUGCCACCUUUAUCCAUACCAAGACCGACGAGCUCAACAACUUGUACUCAAGACACGCCUCACUCAUCAAGGUUCUCUCUAAUGCCACUCAAGUCGAGGUCGCACUCACCACCGAGGGUCGUCCAGGUUGUGUCAUCGACACCUACAACGAGAACGUCUCACUGCUCUUGGAUCUCUCUGAUUCAAUGGACUUUGCCGCCGAAAUCCAAAGAAUGGAGGCCAAGAAGACUCAACUCCAAACUCAAAAGGAUACACUCUUGAAGAAGAUCAACAUCCCAUCCUACGAAAAAGUUCCACUCAAGAUUCGUGAGGACAACGACAGCAAACUCAAAGCAUUCGACGAAGAAAUCAAAACACUUGAUAACACAAUCGAAAGUUUUGCAAAACUUACCACCAAAUAA